UAAAGGACUUCACAGGACUGAUACUUCAUACUUGCUUUUAGGCCUCAAGAUGUGGUGUUUAUAGCUAUGAUUAUAUGUAAAAAAUAGCAAAAAUAACAAGGUAAUAAGUUAGUUGAUAAAGCGAUAAGAAGAUGACAUACACAUGUCACAGGACCUGACUAUCUUGACAGUCUACUUUUCACUCUGCAGCGAUAACGAUCCUGUGACUGUCUGAGCCCUGAAACAGAACUUCAUGAUGACUCAUCUGAAGGAUGGACUCUUCUUUAAACGUCUGCUCACCGUUGUUUUCCUUCUCCUGACACAAUGCUGUGCAGGUCAGUCCCAAGUGGGUGGGCCGCCUCAGUCAGUUCUGGCAACAAUUGGUGGUGACAUAAUUUUGCCAUGUCACCUCGAACCUUCUGUGGAUGCUUCAGGCAUGACAGUGGAGUGGUCAAGACCUGACCUGGACCCCAGAUUCGUCUAUGUGUGGCGUGAUGGUGUGGAACUAGAGAGUAAACAACAUCCAUCCUAUAAGGGAAGAACAGCAGUGCCCAUUGUCAACCUGACGCACGGAGACAUUUCACUGAAACUCUCCAAUGUGAAAAUCUCUGAUGAGGAAAAGUACAGAUGCUUCGUUCCUACGUUGGGUACAGAAUCUACAGUUGAGCUUGCUGUUGGUGUCGCCCCAUUUAUAGACAUCAGCUCUGAGAGGACCGACAGCAGUGAGGUGGUUCUACAAUGUGAUUCUAAAGGCUGGUAUUCACAGCCUGAGGUGUUCUGGCUGGACGCUGAGGGAAACCUCCUCUCUGCUGGACCUACAGAGACAGUCAGAGGUCCUGAUGACCUCUAUACUGUCAGCAGAAGAUUGACUGUGAAGAAGAGCGACAACUUCACCUGUAGAGUCCAACAGAAGAACAUCAACAAGAUGAGAGAGGCACAGAUCUAUGUUCCAGAUGAUUUCUCCAAUGCUUCUAAUCACAUCAUCAUCAUCAGCAGCAGCUUGGUUGUGGUUUCAAUCAUCGUUAUUCUUGCAGCUGUCUUUGCACGGAGAUGGAAAAAAAACAAAAUAAAGGAGAAUGAAAGAGAAAGAGAGCGUACAUUACAACGUAAGAAAGAAUUGGAAAACCAAAGAGACAAACUGAGAUUACAGCUGGAUGGAUUGAAGAGAGAGUGGACUGAAGGGAAAUAUGACAAACUGGUGUCAAGAUACCAAGACGGUGAAGUACAGGACAACAAAACAAACCUGCACCAGAAAAUAAGAGAAGUGGAGAAACAUCUGAAGGAGACAGAAGAAGAAAUAAAGACAUUAGAGAGUGUGAUUGAAAGAAUGAAACCAGUGGAGACUAGACAACUGAAGAUCGAGAGAGAUGAGACUCAAAGAAGCUCACAGGAUGAGAGCAGUCAGAGAAAAGAGAGUGAUGAAAACACUGAGAUGCUGCCUGCCCAGAAUGCCCAAAACGUGACUUCAUAAAACUGUCUAACUAACUCUGUCAUCUCCGCUUAUUGGUUAUGAACAAACAUAAUCUUUGCAUAAACCAUAGGAAUGUCAGGCCACAUUUCCAGGUAUGGAAACAAGCCAAGUGGUUAAACUGUUCCACUGCAAUAAAAAUAGAGACAGGAGCUUUGUUUUGGCUGAAGAGUUCAGAUAAGGACGUGUGAUGAUGACAUGAGAACUAAGGCAUGCAUUUAAAAAUGAGCUGAUCAUUUUCUCUUUGUCACAAGUACACUUCUUCUGAUGUGAUUUAAACAUCAGUGUGCAUGUACAGUAAAUUAAUGUACAGUCCUGACUGUGGUUACAUAACUUCCUCCGUUUAUACAGAGUCUCUGCUUCAGUCGUGUCUCUGCUCUCAGUGACCUGUAAGAUACACAUUAUUGUUUUUAAGCAUUUUAUAAUAAGAUAAUGAGGACAAAAAAAAAAUCAUGUUUUACUGACCUUGUUUUUACAGUUGUUACAAUAAAGGAUCUUGUCAUAUACACAUUUUCCAAAUUUUGAAUGAAUCAAAUGUUUGAUUUAAAGGUGAAAUUUGAAAAUUAUUGUUCCUAUUAUACAGCUAAUGUAUUUCAUGUAUUUACAGUUUAUAUCUUGCAAGAGCUCAUUAAAACAUGCUGUUGUUUAAGACUUCA